AUGGAGCUGCAGGAGUUUGGCUGGCUGUGUCUGGUGGGUCUCUUCCUAACCUCCCUGCUCAUUGUGCUGGGAUGGCUGUUUCAGUACCUGCUGACCGUGCUGCGUCUGUGGAGAUCCAGCAAGACAGCCAAGCAGGACGGGAGAGGACCAGCCUGGCAGCAGCUCCCCCACGCACAGCCCCACCAGAGCCUGGCUGGAGGUGUGUGGGGCUUCCUGCAGAAGAUCUGCAUGGGCCGGGAUGGAGGAGCUAUGCCAGAGGCCGGGGUCAAAAGCUUGUUGACCUCUCUGUUCUCCUUUAAGUCCUUCAGGGAGCACUGGCAGAGGACCUGGGUUAAAUCUCUGAAUGAGCAGGCCUGCAGGCAUGGGAGCUCCAUCCAGAUCACUUUUGACAGCAGUCUCCAGUUAACUGCUGCCUCUGCAAUAGAAAGUGUGACCUGCACUGAUCAAUCGGCACAUCGAAUGGUUUUACACUGUAAAUGUUGGGUGGACACAGUGACGUUUCCUGUGACGGUCACUCAGCAGUCACCAGCUGCUAUUUCCAUGGAGACCUAUCAGAUCACUAUAGCACCUAUGGUGGCAAAGGUGGUGGUGUUUCUGGAGGAGGUGGAGGACGAGGGUCUGCUGAUGUCCUGGACUCUUUCCAAGCAGCCAUCAUUUACGCUGAGCGUGUCUCCAUGCAAGCUGCAGAGACAAGGCACUGAGCGGGGUGCAGACCUGGACACGAUUAAGGGACUGAUAGAGGAUACUCUGUUCAGCACGCAGCCGGCCAUGGUCCUCAACCUCAAGACUUGUGCAUCCAGUCCUCUGGCUCCCAUGGACCGUCUAUCAGUGGGAUUGAACUCUGUAUCCCAGAGUGUCUUGGUGAAACGACUAAUGCUCCGGCAGCUCAGGGUGACCUUAAGUAAAGGUCAGUGGUCUAGAUCGGGGGAGCUGUGCUGUGUCCUGAGCCUGGACCAACCCUCCACAGAGAGGUCAACAUGCUUCCUGCCUGUGCCCAGCAACCCCAACGCCCCACUGGAAUGGAGUGAAGAAAUCACUCUGGAGCUGGGCCUAGAGUCCAAAGAGCUGAGAGUAAGACUUCUGGAGCGGAAUGGCAAAAGGGAACAAUUCCUGCCCGGCCACGCCUGCAUCGCCUUGGACCUCAGGUGCAAAGUUCCCACUGGACAACAUACACUGUCAAUAAGCCCCGGCCUCGGCCUGGCGCCCAAUGCUACCGUCACAGCAGAGCUGCUGUAUGUGGAAACAGAGGAGCCCCGCGGCGCCCACAAUGCUUUGCCACUUCGUUCCUCACUCACCCCCACCAAGAAAGUCGAUGUGGACCGAACCAUCAUGCCAGAUGGAACCAUCGUCACCACUGUCACAACCGUCCAGUCUCGACUGAAACUGGACCGCAGUCCAGGUGAUUCCCCUUUGCGUUCCCCGUCCAAAGUGGAGGUGACGGAGAAGAAACCCACCAUCCUGUCAGAUGACGGAAGCAGCACUAGCCCCAACCUCAGCAAGAGCAGCCGCCUCUCUAAUGGCCUGGAUCCUGUUGCAGAGACGGCCAUUCGGCAGCUGACGGAGUCCGCCUCCAAAGUAACACGGAAGACCCCAACAAAGAGGAGCACGCUGAUCAUCUCGGGCGUGUCAAAGGUCCCACUCUCAGAAGAUGACUGUGCGUUAUCGAGCGGCUAUGCUGCAGCCAUGGACGCAGCCAUGCAUGGCAACCAUUAUGGGGCGGGGCAUCAUCAGGACCCAGAUGAAACCACACCCUCCGACGUGUCAGAGCGUCCCUCUGUGGACGAUGUGGAAUCGGAUACGGGUUCCAAUGGCGCCUUGGAAACCCGCAGCCUCAAGGACCAUAAAGUGGGCUUCCUACAGAGUGGAACGAAGCUGUUGUUCCGCAGAAGACAUCGAGAGAAGGAGCCAUGCCUCAGCCAAUCCCAUGAAGACAUCUCCGACAUGGGAAAUAACUUAACUGCUGCAGCUAAAAUCAGCCGUAAAAAGUCUGGCAGCUUCUCCCGGCGUCUCAUCAAACGCUUCUCUUUCCGCUCAUCAGGCAAAUCGAAAGGCAAAGCUACCAAUGGAGGAGCGAGCUCACUGGAUAACUGAUUAUAAUUGUUAGGGUCGGACAUGGGUCAUCCUGACUUAAGCGUUGUUUAAAGGUCUAUGUUAUUACUUUCAGAAGGACAGCUAAACCUUACAAGAGUCCAGUCUUUGACAGGCUGAACACCGCAGGCGGGUUUUUCACCUGUACAUUUUGAAAGGAGGAGACCUCUGGGAGUACUUGAGAAAUUAUUGCACCUUCAGGAGAGAAGUCAUGUUUAAUCACACCACUGAAGUUAAAAUGUCAUUAUGAAAUCUAUUUCUUUCAAGGAGAAAUCUGCUGCUCGAGGAGAAAGUAAUAAUCUCAAUGAAAUGUCUUGUGCCCUGUUUGAACACUAACUAUAGUGGGAGUGUUUGAUUGUGACAGUUGGUGGAAUUGCUCCUAAACUAUUUAAUGAUAGAAGAUGCCAGUAUGAUACUAUUGGUUACACUUUUUAUAACGGCACAUGUGAAAUUCCUUGGUUGUAUAACGGUAAUUUAUUAUUAUGUUGUUAUCAUGAAACAAGUGCUAUUUAUUUUAACCCAAAACAAGUCAUCAUAAUUGCAUAACACUGUAAAAUAGAGACAUUGCUACGUGUUUUUUCCAUGCAAAUGUAAUUUAAACACAUAGUAGAGUAAGUUAACAAAUAUCAGUCUUAAUCUAGCAGACCAUUCAUAAUUGCUAAUGUAUUUGGUUUUAGAAUGUUCGAUGUUGUUUCUUAUAUAAAAAGAAGAAAAGUUAAUAUAUUAAUUGUACUUUUUAUUUUAUAAAGGUACUUUCUGUGGAAUAUCAUAAUGCAUCUCAGUCUGCUUUUGAAAGUACAACCAGCCAGGAUCUCUAGCAGACUCUUCAAGCCAGGCAAUAAGAUUAAACAUUUUUCUGUCUGUAAAAAAAAAAAAAAAUACAAUCUUUUUUUGUCUGUAAAAAAAGAAAAGAAAAAAGAAGAUUAUGUAAAGUGCUACUUCACAUUAUCUACACAAAUUAUGGAGACUUCAGUUGA